AUGAUCCGAGUCUCGGUCGAGACCAUGGCCUGUAGUUCUUGUGAAAUCGAACCCCGCGAAGUCAAAUCAUCUGACCUGCUCGAACUCCUUCUGUGUAAUGAACAGCUGCUCUGUACCGUUGCAUGGGACACACUCCACCACUGGGUAUUUACCGUUGAUGGAAUUAGCAUCUUCGAGUACCUGUACAAAACCGAGUGGGACUACAAUCAAUGGGCUCUGAAAGUGAGACGAUUCUUCGGCAAGUUCCUCCAACGUGAAAUCGAACUCAAGCUGUUCCUUGCGUGCGACGAAUCGUAUCCCGUCGCCGGUGUGGUCCCGUCGAGAGGGAGCACCUUCACGGACCGCCUAACCGACUGCGCUUUCGAUGUGAAUUACGCUUUCGUCUUGUUCGUGGACACGUGCACCGAUCUAGGAAUAAAAGUGAACGUCGUUGACGACGCCCGUGAGAUGAUCGAUUUCGCAAACAAUAAUCGUUCGCCGGUCAUCUCUGCCAACACUCGGCUAUGCUUAUUCGAUAUGGAGAAUGGGGUCGUUCUGCCCCAGGUGCAGACCGAAGGUUGGCCGUUGCUGGUGUAUUACGAUCGGUACGAACUUCUCCAGAAAUUAAAUUGUAAAAACGACCGUGUCCUGUGUCAGCUGGCGCUCCUCGAAUAUCUGGAUUGCUUGGAAGAUCGAGGCGAUUGCUUCUGCCAUCUCGCCAAAGACAUACGGGUACCGCGCAAGCUUGAGCCGUAUGUCGCCACACUCCUCAUGCUGAAGGAUCUCACGCCGUUCGAGGUCCGUUGGGAGAUCGUCAAAAACAAAAUAGCGCGUCAUCGCAAUCUAAUCGAUUCACAUCUCCGUGUCUUCGAAAAAUACUUCACGAGUACAAGCGAGGACCUGAGUCGAUCGAGUUCCGCCGUGAAGUACUGUCUCCGACGCGGCUUGUCGCCAGCCGUCCUCAACGACAACUGCGUGGAUUUGGCCUCAUCUCUACAUGACGUUAUCAAAGUUCUUCUGCGGGGAGAAGGCAGAACAUUCCGUAGAUCGAUGGAGAGCUACGCCGUCGAUCAGCUGGUCAGUCUGCAGGAGGACGAGAAGCUUCGACAACUCAAGAAAAACCUCGAUCCGAGUCAUGACAUCGAUAUUUAUCGCAUCGAGCCGCCUUCGCUGAGACUUCCCGUGCUCGCAAUUAAUUAUUGGAUGAUUCAUUCACGAUCCGCAUCUUGCAUCGAACGCAAUCUGGUUCUGGCAAGCAUUCGUAUGGCUACCUCCGGCGUCUCUCAACGCUCCUCACCGAUGACAAAGCCCCCGGGCAACGUGGAAAUCGACCUCGAGACAGCUCUGCCUUUCAUGGAACUUCUCCGCGUUUUGACUGCAGCGAAAGUUCUCAAUCGAGUUCUCGGCAGCCCACUGCCGGACAAGGGCGUGGAGAAGCUCUUCAACUUUUGGUGCAUGUACUUCUGGCGCUUGGAAGUGGACCCUGCCUCGAAGCACUUCCAUUACUCAUACAGACAAUUCGCCCUUGCGGGACGGACCUACGGGCUCCGACCAGAAUGUAAAUACGGCUGCUAUUUGUGUGGAGUCAGGAUUUGA